CUAUGAAACCACCUGCAUACGAGGACGUUGAGGACCGUCGUGACCCUCCAGCUUUGGAUGUCAAUGCUAAGGACAAGUUUGGUACACAAGCAGGUACCAUGAAGGCCAUAGCAGCCAAGCAGGUCUCAAAUAAAGGUGUUUUGGUUGCCCUGAUCUUAUUUAUCGGAUUAGCAUCAUUUAUGAUGAACGUGGAUCAAUACACCAACGUCACCCUUCUCACCGAUGCUUAUGCUAAUAUCAGUAACGCGCAAGCUCAGUACCAAAUCGCUGCUGCCACAGCUAUCCUUCUUGCCGUCGGAAAGCCAUUCUUUGGUAAAAUGAGCAACGUUAUCGGUCGUCCAGAGGCUCUUUUGGUCACUUUAUUCUUCAUCGUAUUGGGAUACGUUGUCACUUCAGCAUCUGGCUAUCAUGUGUCCGGUAUAGCCGCUGGUCAAGUUUUUUGGCAAACUGGUUUUUCUGGUUUCCAGAUAAUUUUGAACAUUAUCGUUGCAGACAACACAAACUUACGCUGGAGAGGUUUGUGGUCUGCCAUGAUUAAUGUCUGGACAUUCAUCCUGUUUGCUUGUAGCAGUCUUAUCAUCACUAGUGUCAACACUGGCGUAGGUUGGAGAUUGGCAUUCGGUUUGGAAGCUAUCCUCUAUCUUCCUGCAACUCUCCCUGCAAUCGUGAUUCUCUUUUUGAACCAGUACAGAGCAAAAAGAGCUGGUAUCAUCAACUAUGGUGAUCAACCGCUCACUUCUGGUCCAUGGAAGAGCAGAAUCUAUCACUUCAUUGUCGAACAUGACAUCGUUGGUCUUUACCUCCUUAUUGCUGUUCUUUGUUACAUCUUCUUGCCAAUCGUUUUGGCCGGAUCAAGCGCACUCGUAGAAUGGAAUUCUGCAUACGUUCCAGCAUCAAUGGUCGUCGGUGGUGUCGUUAUCUUCCCUGCUUUCAUUUACUGGGAAAUGAAAUGUGCAAGCUACCCAGUCAUUCCAUACUAUUUCAUCAAGAACGUUAAUAUUGCAAUCACUUGUCUCAUCAACUUGUUUGAUUUCAUAUGCUUCUACUUGUCGUAUCAGACAUUGAGCAACUACAUGGCCGUCAGUGUCGAUUGGUACACUGUAGUUAUUGAUGGUCAACCAACGCUGUCAGGUGACUCAAGUUACUUCUCCUACACCCAAAACAUCUCCUUGACAUUCUUCGGUAUUCUCUGGGGUAUUGUCGCAUCAAUCCUUAAGCCAAACUGGAAAUGGUCAGUUGUUGUAGCUUUGUGCGUUAGAUUGUUAGGUGUCGGCUUAAUGCUUUAUGCUCGUGACAACCGUAACAUUGGUGCAUUAGUUAUGACACAGAUCCUUCAAGGUGCUGGUGGCGGUAUCGCAGCAGUCGCAACACAAGUAGGUGCACAAGGUAGUGUUCCACAACAACAAAUGGCUUUAGCAACAGCCGCCAUUCUUCUCUUUGCAGAAAUUGGUAAUGUUAUCGGACAAUCCGCUUCAUCCGCGAUCAACAUGGCUUUCUUACCAAAGAAGAUCGCCGAACAAUUCCCUGAAUGGUCAGCUAUACAAGUGAACACCUACGUCAAUAGCCCAAUGAACGCUGUCUUAUUAGGUGAAGUUGGUACAGAUGAGAGAGACAGGAUGAUUCAAGCUUUCUCCAACAACCAAAGACAGCUCAUUAUUCCUGCCAUCGUCAUUGGUUGUGUACCAAUCGUUCUCUCAUUCUUCUUAAAGAACUUCAAGCUCGAUGAGCGUCAAGAUGCUGUUGAAGACAUUGACGAAAAUGGUCAUGAUGUCAUCGCGUAUGAUGCUUCACACCGUCAUGAAAGCUCAGCUAAAGACUCCAAAUCUGCCGAAAAGGCAUCAACUCACCCGGAAGAGCCUGUCCACAAGGCCACAUCUGAGGAAAUUGGUCAACACCGUCUUUAAUCGAAACCCUUAAUUUUACUUUUCCGGAUCUUCAAAGACUUUUACUAAUACUAUCUUUAUAGACUUCUUAACUUGACUUAUAAUUUGU